AGAUAGAGGAGGUGAAGAGGAGACCGCACUGCCUGGCCUUCUGCUCUGCUGCUGAAGCACAAGCUCCCACCUACCACGUCAGCUUCGACUCGGCCGCAGAGUACCAGAGAUGGCACCGCCAAGCUACUAAAGUCGUAUCCCAGAGGCUGAGCACCGUUGACCUCUCCUGUCAGAGCCUAGAAGAGAUUCCCGAGCACCUCUUCUACUGCCAGGACGUCACGUCGCUGAACCUCCGCCACAACUUCCUGCAGCUGCAGAGUCCAUCCGGAGUGAACAGUCUCUGCAGGUUCUCACAGCUGAAGGUUCUCAAUCUGUCCCAGAACAAGCUGGGAGAUCUCCCCUCUGAACUAUGCCAGAUAGCCACACUCACCGAGCUCAAUGUCUCCUGCAAUGGGCUGACACAAAUACCUCUGCAAAUUGGACAGCUGCUCAGCCUGCAGACGCUUAACCUUGAUGGGAACUCGCUGACAUCAUUGCCGGACGGGCUGGGGUCCCUACUGCAGCUGACCAGCCUUGGCCUUGCGUUCAAUGACCUGACGACCAUUCCGAAGGUGUUUGAGAACCUUUCCUCUGUGGAGAAGUUGUGUAUGGCGGGAACCAACUGGAGCUUCUUAACCUGCAGACACUCGUGACCAUGGCGCAUGUGAAGGUCAUAGACUUGCGGAUGAAUCGCUUGACUCAAGUGACCGCCAGCAUGGAGGGAAUCAACCAUAUCACGCAUGUCGAUGUGCGAGAUAACCAGCUGUCCUCCCUGGACCUUGGCUGUAUGGGGAACCUGGAGCAACUGCACUGCGAACGGAACCAGCUGAUGGAACUGAGGCUGUGCGGCUUCUCCCUGCGGGCCAUCUAUGCCGGCUCCAACAGGCUGACCUCGGUGAACGUCUACCUGGCGCCUUCUCUGCUCCACACUUUAGACCUGUCUAGGAACUGUCUAUCGUUGGUGCCGGAGUGGAUAUGUGAGGCCAAGAAGCUGGAAGCUGCUGAUCUUAGCUGGAACGCGAUAACAGAACUUCCUCUCAGGAUAAUGGGCUCUUCCAGUCUGCGAAGGCUGAUGCUUGGACACAACCAGCUGAGGAGCCUGCCUUGCCCCGUGGAGUCGAUUCCUCUGGAGACCCUGGAUGUGCAGCACAAUAUGCUGAGACACCUUCCAGACCCCCUCUUCACCGUAGCUUUAAAUCUCAGGUUCCUGAACGCAUCAGCAAACAUCCUGGAGAGCCUCCCGUCAAUGUUCAGCGGAGAGGAGAGCGGGACCAGG